CCUUUUUUCAUCACCCUUUUUCCCCUUUUUCCUCAAAUCAGGAAUCCUUUUCAGUUUUCCAUCAUCAGAUACCCCUUUUCAUCUUUCAGCCCAAAGGAACUCUUCAAAUCCAUCAAAAUGUCCGACGCACCCAAGGUUGAGGAACCUGUCGCCACUCCGGCUGCAGCAGAAACUCCUGUCGCAGAGCCUGUUGCUGAGCCUGUCGCUGAAACAAAGGCCGAGGAGACUCCAGCUGCAGCAGAGGCUUCAACAGAAACUCCCGCUGCUGAGCCUGCUGCCGCCACUGAGGAAACUCCUGCGACAGAGGAAGCCAAGCCCGUUGAGGAGGGUGUCCUUGGUUACAAGGCACCUGGCCUGCUAAAGGGUUUCCUUUUCCAGAAGAAGUUCUUCUACUUCGGCUCCGAAGCCGUUGAGUCUAAGCAACUGGCGAGCUAUCUCCGUGGCGAGAAGCCCGAGGUUGCCAACAAGAAUGCCGCCUGGGCCUCCCACACUGGCAAGGGCCUGUUGUUCUUCACCAAGAAGGCCAGCGAGAAGGCUAACCCAGCUGGCAUCAUCAACCUGUCUGAUAUCUCCGACAUCACCGCAGAAGGCCCCGUCGUUUUCUACUUCACUCUUGCCGGCCACAAGCACACCUUCGAGGCUUCUAGCGCCGCCGAACGUGAUAACUGGGUUGCGGUUUUGAAGACCAAGGAGGCCGAGGCGAAGGAAUUGGCACCAUCCGUUACCGAGAGCGAAACCUACAAGACGACCCUGAGCACCCUUGGCAAGCCUGUCGUCGCCGCCGCUGCCACCACUCCAAAGAAGUCUGUUGAGGUCAAGAAGGAAGAGAAGACCGAAGAGCCCAAGGAGGACAAGCCUGAGGAGACGACCGAAGUCAGCGAGGAGAAGAAGGAGGAAAAGAAGGCACGAAAGAGCCGAAGCGCUUCCCGCAAGCGGACCUCCAUCUUCGGAGCCAUCCCAGGAUUUGGCAAGAAGGAGGAGAAGGUCGAGGCUAAGGAGGAGACUCCUGCCUCUGCCCCUGUCGCUGAGGAAUCAACUGAAGCUGCUGCCGAGCCAACUGCUGAGCCAGUCGCCGAACCUGCCACUGAGGAACCUGUCGCAACUGCUCCAGCCGUUGAGGAAGCUGCCCCUGUUGAGGCUACCCCCAAGCCCGCUGCUAGCAAGCGCAACAGCAUCUUCGGAACCCUCAAGUCUCAGUUCUCGCACACCAAGGAGAAGAAACCAGAGAGUGAGGCUCCCGCUGUCCCAGCUAAGGAUGCCGAGCCUGUUGCCGAGAGUGCUCCCGUGAUUCCGGCUGUUGAGUCGACUGAGCCUUUGGCUGAGAGCGUUGCAAACCCAGAAGCUGCCCCAGCUGAGGCUGCGCCAGCCACUAACGGCGAGGCCGCCGCGACCGAGACCACCGCUACCAGCAAGGCCGAGAAGCGCAAGAGCUCGCUUCCAUGGUUGUCCAAGAAGGAGAAGGCUGCCACAAGUGACGAGGAGGGAGAGAAGGAGAAGCCAUUGUCUCCAUUCGCCAAGCUCCGUGCAACUGUCAAGGGCAAGUCUUCCCCAAAGGCUGAGAAGCCUGCUGAGAAGACCGCCGAACCCGCUACUGAGCCAGUGGCUGAGGCCGCUGCGACGGAAGCAGCCGCACCAGAGACUGCUGCCCCUGAGGCUACUCCGGCUGCUACCGAGGAGCCAGUUGUCACUGAGCCAAUCCCCGCCGCACUCCCCUCUACUCCUCAGGUCUCUGCCACGGCCUAAAUGCAAACCAUCAAGCCCGAACUGCGCCGUUGUGCAUUGAUGGAACGAUCUCAUGAUCUUCGGGAAACGGAUCUCUUUGAAAAUACCCCUGCAAGAUUGAUUG